AUGCCGAUUCAUAUUUCCAGUCUGCACUGCCUCUACUGCGAGAAACUCUUCAAAGACAACUUCGCUCUGAAAGAGCACAUGAGGAAGAAGAAGCACAAGAGACUGAGGGCCUCCAACAAGUUCUACUUCAAAUUCUUCAUCAACAAACAUCUGGAAGCCAACAAUGUUGCUGACACUCCUGAUAAAAAGGAAAAUAUAAACAGCGAUGAUGAAGAUGAUGAUACUGAUGGAGAACAUUUCAAUGGCAGUCAUCAUUGCUUACAGAUGAAAUCAAGUUUCAGUGAUUGGGUCGAGGAUUUGACAUCGUCCCCAUCAAACAGUGUUCACUGCCUCUUCUGCAGAUCAAAUUUUCAAUCCAGUAGUGAGAGUUACCAACAUUUACUUGUGAAGCAUCAGUUUGACUUGUUGAAAAUUAGAUCAGGUCUCUCCUAUUACCAGUGCAUCAAACUAAUCAACUACAUUAGAAGAAAGGUUAUUGAGGCAUUUUAA